AUGGCGACCAAGAUCUCCCACACCUACGAUGACCACUUCGUGGUGUGGUUCGAGGCUGAUGCCAUCCGCACGACGCUCUCGGACUCCGGGGACGUGGUGGACUCGUGGCUGGACAAGAUCUACCGCAUCCACCUCCGCCGCCUCAACCGCCUCGUUGUUGGCCUAGACGUCGAGUGGCACCCGUGCACGUACCGGGGGGACGUCCAACCGGUCGCCGUGCUGCAGAUCUGCGUCGGCCACCGCUGCCUCAUCUUCCAGAUCCUCCACGCCGACUACAUCCCGGAGUCCCUGUUCGGUUUCCUGGCCGACGAUCGCUUCACCUUCGUGGGCGUCGGGGUCCACGACGACGCGGCCAAGCUGCGGCUCGACCACGGGCUCGAGGUGGGGCGCGCGGUCGACCUGCGCAGCCUCGCCGCCAACACGCUCAAGCAGCCCGCUCUGGGCACAGCCGGGCUGCAGGCGUUGGUGUCGGAGGUGAUGGGCGUCAAGAUGGAGAAGCCGCAACAUGUGCGUCGGAGCGCGUGGGACGCACGCAAUCUGUCGUCUGACCAGCUCAUGUACGCCUGCGCCGACGCGUUUGCAUCGUUCGAGUUCUGCAACAAGUUUGUCAUGCAUUCUAGAAUGCGCUUUGAGUUGCCUUAUUUCCUCCAACAUAAACUGGAAGCAAUCCCAUGCUGUGCACAUGUCUAG